CUAGUAUAUGUAUGUUUGCAAGUGAUGUGUGGGUGCCGAGCAGCGGUAACUUAAGACCGUCUUGCGGAAAGUCCCAGUCUCAGUUGAUGAAAUGGUCAAGUGGAGGCACCAGCGCACUUACAAAAAGCUAAAGCAAGUUCACGAAAGGCAUUUGCCUCCACUGUUCCUCAAAUAGAAACGUAUUUCCCUGUCGGCUGAGGAAUUCUAAAAGAGUGUCAUUCUAAAAAAGUCAGUGAUCGAGGUAAAAAGUGGACACAUUUGGAAUAAUGAGAAGCGCCAAUACGUUAGUGACCAUCAUCACACUGAUGUCCCUUAGUGUUUGCUUAGUCAAAUCUCAGACUCGAUGUACCAACCCCAACCGUCGCAGUGGGUUCUGCACUUCAAUUUACGACUGCCCCUCGCUUCUAGGGGUUAUAUCCCGAAAGCCCCUUCCUGAGUCAAACAGGCAAUUUCUUCUGGCGUCACAGUGUACUGGCGGAACAGGUGCCCAACCUCACGUGUGCUGCAAUGAGGACACUGGAUUUUCAACAUCAACGACUCCCAGAACAAUUACGACAACUCGAAGUAGCAGAAUAUUUCCCAGUAAUGGAAGAGGAAAUGAGCUUCCUAGUCCACCGUCCUGUGGCAGGGAGACGACAGGAAACAAAAUUUAUGGUGGAAAUGUAACUGAACUAGAUGAGUUUCCAUGGAUGGCGCUUUUGAUUUAUAAAGCAGUUAGUGGUGCUCUGUCCAUGAGUUGUGGUGGUUCACUGAUCAACCAAAGAUACGUCCUCACGGCAGCUCACUGUGUCAAGGGCGAAAUUUUAACUGAAGUGGGGCAGAUAUACUCUAUUCGUCUAGGAGAAUAUGAUAUAACGAAAGAUAUUGACUGUGUUGACAAAGAUUGCGCAGAUCCACCUAUAGAGACUGGAUAUGAGGAGAUCAUCGCACAUGAAAGCUUCGAUCCUAGUGCCACGAAUCGCCAUCAUGACAUAGCAUUAAUCAGACUUAACCAGGAUGUACUUUACACGGACUUCAUUACUCCCGUUUGCUUGCCCUCUGUUCUGAAUUUCCAAAGAUCGCAAACGGGCACAAGCGUUGUUGUGGCGGGUUGGGGAAGAACGUUACGAGCUAGUCAAAGUUCCAUCAAACAAAAAUUAACUUUACCAGUUUCGGACCCAGCGGACUGUGGUCGGAAGUUCGCUACCAAGAAUGUUAAUAUCAUCGAUUCUCAACUUUGCGCAGGAGGAAUUUACACCCGAGAUACAUGCGAUGGAGAUUCAGGAGGCCCACUUAUGAAAAUUGUCAAAAAUUAUUGGAUCAUUGAAGGCAUCAUCUCGUUUGGUAAUCGUUGCGGAUUAGACGGGUGGCCAGCGGUUUACACAAGAGUGAGCAGCUAUGAGAGCUGGAUUAAGCGCAACUUGCGGCCAUAAGCGAACGUAUGUGAUCUGCCUUUCCACCUCAUUGAUUAAAAGAGUCACAUUAAUUGAUGGCUCGUUGCGUUACUCAAAGUGAUGAAAAAUUUGUUGAACUUCUAAUUUAACCAAUCUGUUAGUGCAGAGUCUGCCAAAAUUGACUCAAAGAAGUGCUCGUUAAUGAGUAUCAAACCUACUUUUAAAUACUGUUUUCGCAAUAAAUUAAUUCUUUGUAUGAAUUGUCAAUAGGAAAA